UGCUCUCUAGCCUCUCUCUCUACCGUGAUCACUCUCUCUCUCUCGCUCUCAUCGACUGACCUCGCGAUCACACAGUCGAGCGAAGUCCUUCGAAUGGACUCGCUCGCGGCGGCGACCGCCCCGAAGCUCGUUAUUCCGGCGACCAACUCUCCCUCCUCCGUCCAACGACUCCUCUGCUCGAGACUGAACCAGAAGAGGACUCGCAAGAAGUUGCUUCGCGCGCACGCGGCGGAGAACACGAGGCCCCGCUCCACCGCAGCAGCCACUAUUGACUUCAGCGAUCCGCAGUGGCCGUCCAGGUUCCAGGAGGACUUCGAGGCCCGAUUCAACAUCCCUCACCUCACGGACGUAUUCCACGACGACGUCGUUCCCAUUCCCUCCACUUUUUGCCUCAAGAUGAGGAGUCCCACAGAAGAGUUUGCUGAUGGUUAUCCAUCUGAUGAGACAUGGCAUGGGUAUAUUAAUAACAAUGACAGAGUACUUCUGAAGACAAUACGCUAUACCUCUCCUACAUCAGCUGGUGCUGAGUGCAUUGAUCUUGAUUGUACUUGGGUGGAGCAAUGGGUUCAUCGUGCUGGUCCUCGGGAGAAAAUAUACUUCAAACCAGAAGAAGUAAAAGCAGCAAUUGUUACUUGCGGAGGACUGUGCCCUGGUCUUAAUGAUGUCAUCAGACAGAUUGUCAUCACCCUUGAGAUAUAUGGUGUGAAAAAGAUUGUUGGAAUUCCUUUUGGUUACCGCGGAUUUUCAGACGAAGACCUAAGUGAAAUGCCUCUAUCCAGGCAAGUGGUUCAAAAUGUCCAUCUUUCUGGCGGAAGUUUGUUAGGAGUCUCUCGUGGAGGACCCAGUGUUAGCAACAUUGUGGACAGGAUGGAGGAAGGAGGAAUCAACAUGCUUUUUGUGUUGGGUGGAAAUGGAACCCAUGCCGGUGCUAAUGCAAUCCACAAUGAGUGCCGCAAAAGAAGGCUAAAGGUGGCCGUAGUGGGUGUGCCAAAAACUAUAGACAAUGAUAUUCUGCUGAUGGAUAAAACUUUUGGUUUUGAUACCGCUGUUGAAGAAGCACAGCGAGCAAUAAAUUCUGCAUACAUUGAGGCACACAGUGCUUAUCGUGGUGUUGGAAUUGUUAAAUUGAUGGGUCGCAGUAGUGGAUUUAUAGCCAUGCAUGCGUCUCUUGCUAGUGGACAAAUCGAUAUAUGUUUGAUCCCAGAGGUACCUUUUAAUUUACAUGGACCCCAUGGUGUCCUGAGACAUCUAAAGUACCUACUUGAGACAAAAGGGUCAGCUGUAAUCUGCGUGGCAGAGGGAGCUGGGCAGGAUUUUCUUCAUAAAACCAAUGCCACAGAUGCUUCUGGAAAUGUUGUACUUGGAGAUAUUGGUGUACAUUUACAGCAACAGAUAAAGAAGUACUUUAAGGAUAUGGGUUCUACAGCUGAUGUGAAGUACAUUGAUCCGACAUACAUGAUCCGAGCAUGCCGUGCAAAUGCAUCAGAUGGAAUUCUCUGUACUGUACUGGGUCAAAAUGCUGUUCAUGGUGCAUUUGCUGGAUAUAGCGGCAUCACGGUUGGCAUAUGCAACACACACUAUGUCUACCUUCCCAUUCCUGAAGUCAUAUCUUACCCCAGGGUUGUUGACCCUAACAGCCGCAUGUGGCACCGUUGCUUGACAUCAACCGGCCAACCGGACUUCAUCUGAUUUCCAGCAUUCUGUCUUAUAUUAUAACACACCACUGGGUUGUGUAACUGGGAAGAUUGAUGAACAGAAGGCCAACUUGAAAAGGUUUCUGGGUACGUCUUCUUUUCACGGCUUCUUGUUGUAGAAAUAAUACGGCGGAUGACAAUCUUCAAAAAAUCGGUGAUUUUUGUAGCGCAUGGUACUGCUACACAGAUAAUUCUCAUAAGACUUAUUUGAUAUGAGAAAUUACAUAGGAACUACCCAAAAAAAUUUGUAACUCCUGUAAAAAAAAUAAUUUAAGGCCCAUGUAACCCUGAUUAUUGUGUUCAGCAGGCAUUUACAAAGCCCCAUCUUUCAAGAGUUCGUUACUUUAUGG